UUGCAAUUAUACAUUUUCUGCUAAAAUAUACCUCUAAUGCUUUGACUUGUUCUUUUAUUUAAAUAGAUCAUUAAUUUUUAACGUGCAAAAAACUGGAUAAAAUUCACUUCAGGUUUUUUUUUUUUUUUUAGUUUUUAUCUCAUCUCAGUGUAAAGAUGUCCUUACUCUUACUGGACUCUGAGAGACGCUGUUGGUUAACAUAAAAUUGUCUUCGGAGCCUUAUGAUCAUUCUCCUCCCCAACCCUUCUCUCAUAAGAAGAACGCAGCUUUUCUUUUGCCUGACACUGGCGGUCUGUUCAUGUUCCAUUUGGGGUCUGAUCAAAGCGAACAUUGUCUUCGUUAACGGAUUGUUUAUUUCUAGUUGUGAUUGCAUAUUUUGUUUUUUUUCUUGUGGAUUCCUAAUAAUGGAGGGAGGAACAUCAUCCUGUCGGCGCGUCAAAUGGCGACUUCUCGGCGAUCGUGUGCUCUUUUUCCUGCUGUGUGUCUGUCAGCUUGCCAUUGGACAUGUCAGAUAUUCGAUUCCAGAGGAAAUGAGGAAAGGAUCUUUUAUUGGGAAUGUGGCUCAAGAUCUCGGCUUGGAUCUGAAAAGGCUCCGCUCUGGUCGGGCCCGCAUUGUGACCGGGGAAAACACCCAGUACACCGAGCUGAAAGCAGACAAAGGGAUUUUGGUCGUCAACGACAGAAUCGACCGGGAGCAGCUUUGCGGCGACACGAUGCCGUGCAGCUUCAGCUUUGAGGUGAUUUUAGAAAAUCCGAUGGAGCUGCAUCAGAUAACAGUGGAAAUAACAGAUAUUAAUGAUCACUCGCCCACGUUUAAAGGAGAAAACAUUAUUUUUGAGAUCAGUGAAUCCGCGCUGACAGGAGCACGGUUCUCCUUAACAAGCGCAGAGGACGCAGAUGUUGGUACGAACGGUCUGAAAGAAUAUUUCUUGACUGAAAAUGAUCAUUUUGUUCUCAAACAGCACUCGAACGCAGAUGGUAAAAGAUACGCGGAGAUGGUGCUUCAGAAGCCUUUAGACAGAGAGACAAACCCGAACCUUUUGUUAAAGCUAAUCGCUGUGGACGGAGGAACUCCUCAGAGAUCAGGUACAGUUAAUAUAAAUAUAACCAUUCUUGAUAUCAAUGAUAACGCUCCAGUAUUUAAUCAAUCGGUUUAUAAAGCUGCAGUGACGGAAAAUUCCCCUCGAGGCACUUACGUCAUCACAGUAAAUGCGACUGACGCAGAUUUCGGCCCGAACAGCAUCGUUAGGUAUUAUUUUUCUGAUCCCAACAGCGGAUCAAAUGAUGUAUUUGAAAUUGAUGAAAAGAGUGGAAAAAUCUCAAUGAGUGGUUCUGUUGAUUAUGAAAAAAAUACUAAGUAUGAACUGAGAGUGGAUGCAAAGGAUCAAGGAGGUUUGACAGAUUCAAGUAAAGUGAUCAUCGAUGUGAUGGAUGUGAAUGAUAAUGCUCCUGUUAUAAGUGUAAUGUCAUUCAGCAGUCCUGUCUCUGAGGAUUCUCCUCCUGGUACAACCAUAGGAAUCAUUAACGUGAAGGACCUCGAUUCAGCUGAAAACGGACAAGUUAGUUGCAGGAUUGAAGAAAAUGUCCCAUUUAAAAUUAAAUCAAAUUUAAAAAAUUACUACACUUUGCUCACAUAUUCAAUAUUGGACCGCGAAAGUGUUUCAGAAUAUAAUAUCACAGUAACUGUAACAGAUGCUGGAGUGCCUCCUUUGUCUUCAAAAAGGACUUUUAAUUUGAAAAUCUCUGAUGUAAAUGAUAAUUCUCCCCGUUUUCUAAAAGGCGUUUAUGAUGCGUUUGUGUUUGAAAAUAACCUUCCAGGUGUCUCUAUUCUCGUGAUAAAAGCAAAAGAUCCAGAUGAAAAUCAAAAUGCUCGAAUUUCGUACAUUCUAGAGGAGAGUAGAGUCGGUGGUGGGCCAGUUUCUGAAUAUGUUUCAGUAAACGCAGAAACUGGAGUUAUUCAUGCUUUACGAUCAUUUGAUUAUGAGCAACUAAAACAGAUUGAAUUUGUGGUGAAAGCUCAGGAUGGAGGUUCUCCUCCUCUCAGCAGCAACACAACAGUUAUUAUAAAAGUCCAGGACCAGAACGAUAACCCGCCUCAGGUUCUGUACCCGGUCCAGACUGCUGGCUCUGUGGUGGCUGAAAUGGUGCCUCGUUCAGCUGAUGUGGGCUACCUGGUGACUAAAGUGGUGGCUGUUGAUGUGGACUCUGGACAGAAUGCCUGGCUCUCCUAUAAACUGCAGAAAGCCACAGACAGGGCGCUGUUUGAAGUGGGCUCCCAGAAUGGAGAGAUCCGAACUGUCCGCCAAGUGACGGAGAAAGAUUUGCUCAAACAAAGACUGACUGUGAUCGUGGAGGACAACGGGCAGCCCUCUCGUUCAGCUACAGUCAUUGUUAACGUGGCGGUGGCGGACAGCUUCCCUGAAGUGCUGUCGGAGUUCAGCGACUUUCCACACGACAAGGACUACAAUGACAACCUGACUUUUUACUUAGUGCUGGCUCUGGCUGUGGUUUCUUUCCUCUUCAUCACGUGUUUAGUGGUCAUCAUCUCCGUCAAAAUCUACCGAUGGAGACAGUCUCGCAUCCUGUAUCACUCCAGCCUCCCUGUCAUUCCAUAUUAUCCUCCACGGUACUCAGACACUUUGGGCACAGGGACUCUGCCACACACGUACAAUUACGAGGUGUGCAGGACCACUGACUCCAGAAAGAGUGACUGUAAGUUCGGCAGAGCUGGGAGUCAGAACGUGCUAAUAAUGGACCCCAGUUCUACAGGAACCAUGCAGCGGAUGCAGAGUGAGAAGAGCAUCCUGGAUGAACCAGACUCUCCUCUAGAGGUCAGUAAGCAAUAAGCUGAUUUUACAGUUGCAUUUUUUCUCUGCCU